AUGUCAAAUCACGACAUAAUCACGGACGACUACGUCGCCGACUUGCUCGCCAAAGAGGCCAUCAUGGGCCCGGCAGACAAGAAACCGGCAAACAUGCCCAAACCAAACACUCGCUUCUUGCGCCACAUCAUCAAGGACACGAACACGCACAACCAGAACCUCCUGGCCAAGGAGGCAGCCGAGUCCCGCGCACGCUUGAAGGAUCUCGAACACGCCGAAGAGAAGGAGAGGCGGAGGAGGGCGGGCCCGCAGGAUAUUCGCAAGAGGCAGAUGGGAGAUAUCAUGUCCAUCCUGGGAGACUGCAAGGACAGGGGACGGUCCAGUCGGUCCAGGCGGUCGGACGAGAAGUCGCAGAAGAAGGAAAGCUCGCCGCCGCGGAGGAAACACCAUAAGAAACGCAGGAGCGAAUCACCGGAACGCGAGAGCGCUAGGAGGCACCAUCGGAGCAGGAAGGAUGAAUCGGAAUCAGAGCGGGAGGAUCGCCGGCGGCACAGAAGCGAUCGGCGGAGGUCACGUUCACCCGACGAGAAGCACAGGAGGCACCGCCAUCGCUCGCCAAUCGGCGAUAGGGAAACCAUGUCCAAGUCACGACGAAGCGAUAGGGGACGGAUCCGCGACGAAGAGGGACGCGACCUGAUGUCAAAGAGCCACCGGACACGCAAAGAUAGGAGCCGGGAAAGGCCACAGUCGGAAUUCUCGAUCAAGGGCAGCAGCCGCCGCCGUCGCGACGAGGGAAAAGCGCAGGACCGGAAACUGGCGACGACAGCGUCAGACUCGGACCCGUUGGACGAGUUCAUCGGGCCAGAACCGCCGCAGCCAGUGCGGUCGCGCGGCCGCGGGACCGCCUCAGGGACCUCGGGUAUCGACAAGCGCUUCGAAGCGGACUACAACCCCAAGACGGACGUGGAGAUGGCGGACAACGACAAACACCCUGGAGAGAACUGGGACGACGCGGUGGAGGCCUUCCGGGAUCGGCAGAAGUGGCGGCAGAACCAGGAGCAGCGGAUGCGGGCGGCUGGGUACAGCGACGAGAUGAUUAAGAAGUGGACGGAGGGCGGUACGGCCGGCGAGCAGAAGGACGAGCGGGAUGUGCGAUGGGCCAAGGCUGGGGAGAAGCGGGAGUGGGAUCGUGGCAAGGAGGUCGGACUCAGCUGGGCGUCAUCCGAGUCCAAGUGA